UGGCUGGGUUGCUCGGAGGAGUUGCAGGAGAGUGCCAUGGUAGAGGGGCUUCCAUGGCUGCUGCCGCUCGCGGGCACGAACCGCGCUACCGCCGUCAGCAGGCAGUCUUAUUACGCCCGCACUCAACUACGCGAACUAAGUACUCUUCUUAGGCCGGACAAACGUCGCGAAUAACAAUCGCGUGUUGGGCCUACGCGAAUCGGACGCACCUCGAAUCGGUGCACGUUCAACGCCACGAGUCCACCACGACGUCUCUUAGGGUUUACGCCGUAUCUGUUACUGGUCACGCGUGCUCGCUGGAUCCCGCGACGACUCGUUCUUUUCGAAGCGAUCGAAACCGAUCUCGGAAUAAUAUUAUCGAAUCGAGCCGGGAGGCGUCGAGGAUCCUUCGAGUUCGAUCGGCCGGCGAGGAUCUGCUGCUCGGUCAGAGGUCGCUGAGUGGAAUCGACCGCAUUAUAUUGGGAUCCAGUCUCUAUCUCGAACGUGAACGAGGACGCGGUCAGUGUGAAGACUGCUUAAUAGCGAGGAACAUGUGCAACCAGGGAAUAGUGGCGGAGCUGAUGUUGCCGGGGCACGAGCUACACUGUGACCACUCUGUUCUCGACGAACUCUGACCGAUUCCGCGUUUCGUCUCGCUCCAGCUGACCGCCAACGCAGGGACGAAAGCAGAAAGGUGCUGUUCCGAAAAUCGUGCACGGUUUAUCGCGGGACACGCUGUAAAAGUGUUGUUACGAGUUAACGCGUAUGGUGUAUAGACCGAGAGUCUUUGAGGAGCGGUGUGUUCGCGAAAUUACACGUUUCCACGUACAUUCGGUACGCUAUGAACAUCAACGUUCUUGGAUGUAACGGGUGGUUCGCAAGGGACCUGAAGAGACGCCACUCUUGGAGCAGCGAGGUCGAGUACCAGCCGGCGGAAACGGAAGCUGUAGCGACUUCGGGCGAGCAUCCCCCCGCCCCGUCCUCGGACGAAGAGGACAGAAUCUCCUACAAGGAACAUGGCUGUUCGGUGCAGACGGUGGACCUGGUGGCGGAUUGUCCAUUGCAGGUGGUGACACCAUCCUCGAGGUCGCCGUCGCCGCCCAGAUCGCCGACGCCCCCCGCGCCCUCGACGCCCCUCGCAACGCCGAGGAGUAUGGGGCAACGGCCAAGCACCCUGUUGCGCCCCAAGAUCUCUUUGACCUGGGUCCUACGCAGCCAGCAACAAGCUGCCUCCAACAACAAUCAUUCGACUGCUACUGGGAACACAGGUGCCAACGGCGAUCGGGAAAGCUUGUCACGAAAUAGCAAGGAAAGGUCCUCGAAGAGGAGCGUGAAAAGCGUGAAAGAGAAGGAUGGAGGCAAGGAGAACCUCGACACGGAUAAACGGGAGAAAAAGAUGCUGCACAGGAUCGAGAAGAUCGAGAGGACGGAAAAGGUGGAACUUGAAGAAAAAGCCGUCGGUAAGGAGAUUCUCGUCAACGAGAAGUCGCUAGACAGUCCGUUGGAUAAGCACUCCGAGAAGGAGUAUCCAGGGAUAAGAGAUACUAAAGACAAGGAGAAAGUUAAAAGGGCAGUGUCCGAACCGUCUCUCGUGUCUCGCGAGUCAACUUCCACGCCAAGUGGUCGAGAGAAGCACAGGCAUAGAAGAACCAAACGUUCCCACAAGCCUAGGCCUCCUAGCAGAUUCGGCUACGAGAUUGCUGACCUCGAUGCGUUCCUUACGAAGGCCUCCAUAGAGAAGCCAGCAAACAUUCCCGUGGUCCUGUCCUUCCCAUCGGUGCUGUACCAAACUCAGGGAGGCACUCAAGAUGAGAUGGCCCUGCCACUUGGGACAGUUGUAAAUGCAGUCUUCAAGAAUCAGACCUGGUUGUACGUUCAAACCCCGCAUGGCCAAGAAGGAUACGUCGGGUACGCAGCUUGUCUGCCGUUAGGAAUAUUGCCUCAACCAACGAGGGGGCCUUGCUGGGAGGAUUCUACGGACGUAUUUCCUCGUCCCUUAGGGAACAUGACCGACACGGAAAAGUUAAGAGAUACUCGAUCAGAGUGUGGAGCUCGUGGCAGAAACUCGAGGGUAAGACGUGGCUCCAGAGACGCCGUUUCUGCCUGUGGUGAACGCAGCGUGGAUAGACUAUAUCUCAGGGCCGCAGCGAAUGCUAGAACCAAAGGAUCGCGUCACACUCUGCUCGUCAUACGCAACGAUUACGAGGCUCGUGCUGGAAACGCCCUGAGCGUCUCCAAAGGGGACGUCGUCGCUCUCCUCAGUGACCACGUCAGCGAUUGGUUCUGGGUUCGUUCACGGGACGGCAGAGAGGGCUUCAUACCUGCUGUGAUCGCGGGUCAUGGCUUCCUGUGACGAUUGCGCCACCGAUUGCAUCCACUAUACCUUGGAUCAAUGAUGGGACGAAUUAUACUGUGUUAAUAGAUAACGAAUAGUAACUCUGUGUAACGAUUUAUUCAGA